UUAUUCUUCUUAUUCUUCUUAUUCUUCUUAUUAAAACCUUUUAUUAUGGAUAAAUCACUCACUUCAAAAGAAAAAUUUGAACAUAUUUUUCCUUUAAUUGUUGAAGAUCUUGAAAAUUAUUUAACAACUCUUAAUAUUCCUCAGAUUGGUAAAGAUUGGUUUAUGAAGAAUUUACAUUAUAACUGUCUUGGAGGAAAACUUAGUCGUGGUCUUUCAGUGAUUGAUUCAUAUGAAAUCUUAUUAGAACGACCAUUAAGUGAAGAAGAAUAUAAAAAAGCAGCAGUUCUUGGAUGGACGGUAGAAUUGCUUCAAGCAUUUUUUCUUGUAGUAGAUGAUAUGAUGGAUCAAUCAAAAACAAGACGUAACCAAUGUUGUUGGUAUUUGAUGCCUAAUGUUGGGAUGAUUGCGAUUAACGAUUCAUUUAUGUUAGAGUCGUCAAUAUUUUUUUUACUUAAAAAAUAUUUUAAGGAAGAACCAUAUUAUACAACAUUAAUGGAGAAUUUUCAUGAUGCAACAUUUAAAACGGAAUUUGGGCAACUUUUGGAUCUUUUAACAGCACCGGAGAAUAUACCAGAGAAUAAUGUAGAUUUAUCAAGAUUUUCAAUGGAAAGACAUUCAUUUAUUAUUGAAUUUAAGACGACAUUUUAUUCAUUUUAUUUACCGGUUGUAUUAGCUAUGAAUAUGGCGGGAAUAUCAAGUGAAGAUGAUUUAGAGCAAGCCAAAAAUAUAUUAGUUCCUCUUGGAAAAUAUUUUCAAAUUCAAGAUGAUUUUCUUGAUUGUUUUGGUGAUCCAGAUGUUAUAGGAAAAAUAGGAACAGAUAUAAUGGAAAAUAAAUGUACAUGGCUAAUUAAUAAGGCAUUAGAAAAAGCAAAUCCUUUACAACGCAAAAUUUUAGAGGAAAAUUAUGGAAGAAGGAAUACAGAUUCUGAACUAAUUGUCAAAAAAAUAUAUUAUGAAUUAGAGCUAUCUAAAGAAUUUGAGAAAUAUGAGCAAGAAGCGGUUAAUAAUAUUCUUAAAUUGAUUUCAAAAAUAGAUGAAUCUCGUGGAUUAAAAAAAAAGGUUUUUACUACGUUUCUUGAUAAAAUAUAUCAAAGAUCUAAAUAAGUAUAUAAACAAUUAUUAAAUAGGGGAUAGAUUUUAUAUUAUUUGC